AUUUGUUUGCAUGUUAAGUUCGGUUUGGUGCAUGUGGUUUCAGAAACUAGUGGCGAUGAGCAAUGAAGUUCAAAAGAGAAUAGAAGCUGCUCAAGGUUUACGUGCUCUGUUUUCUGCGAUCCAGCUAUGGGUUUGAGAAGACUUAAAAACGAGAUUUCUUUUCUUGGUUUGGACCUAGGAGUUCACAUUCCUCGAAGAAAGAGGGGUUCUUCCGGCUCUGCUAUUACCAAACAUUCAAUCUCUAUGAUGGAGUGCGCUACCAUUCUGAUUGCAUUCUCCAACUCUGUCACUCAUGUCCUUCCCUCUGCCUAUCUUCCACUUCGAACCACUAACACAAAACCCAUCACUGAAAGAAAACCCAGGAAGAAGAGGUGUAAGCAAACCCCCUUUCCGACCACUCCGGACAUGCCGGCGGCGAUGAGAGAUCGAAUUGGGGAGAUGGGGGCGUACCAAAUCCAACUGGCAAUUCAAAAACAACUGCAAGAUACUGAUAUGAACAAGAAUCACGGGCGACUAUCUUUCCCUGCAAAGAAACUCAAAGUGGAUUUUGCAACGGAAGAGGAGAGGAGGGUACUAAAGCAACAGGAAAACGGGGGGAAAAAAGGGAUGAAUGUAAUGAUAGUGGAUCCUCUUCUCCGAGAGAGCAGCAUUUGCUUGAAGUUGUGGAAGAUCGGGAGCGGGGAUUCCUACUGUUUAAUGACACAAUGGAAUUCAUUGGUGGAACAGAAUGGGUUCAAAAGCGGAGAUCACGUCCAGCUUUGGAGCUUCAGAAAGGAUGAAUUUGAGGCUGAAACUCAAACCAUGGUUUCUCGUCUCUGCUUCGCCAUGGUUAAGCUUGAUGCCACCACUGCUUCUGCUUGAAGCUCUCAUUUUGGAUACUGAUAGGAGUGGAGCUGCUUCUUAAUUUCAUGUGACCAACCAAGACUGACCAAGAUUACCAUAUUUUUUUUUGUUUUUAUAAAGGACGUAUAAUAAUAGUAUGAUGUUUUUUUGGUGACAACAACUAUUGCAUUGUACUCGUUGUCGGGCUCUGUUAUAUUUUGUAAAAUUAAUGAUAUUUUUUGCCUUUUUGAAAUAAAUGUUCAUGCUCGUGUUUCCGCAUCUCAACAAUAAUAAUAACAAUAGAACAACCCCAAUAUAGCUACGCAUCUUCUCUUUUAACUUCUAUAAAUUAAUACCAACCAUAAAA